ACUGCAUUUGUGCAUUUUCUUCAAAAAUCGACGAUAACCGCGACCUAUCAGGAUUUGGAGGCACUUGCUUGGAGAACAAGUCCAUGUCUGAACUGAAAAAAGCUCAUCUUAUCUCUUUCGCUGCAAGUCCUCUAUUUAAAUCUUCAAAGGUAUAGAAAAGCAAUGCUGAAAGCUAUUCAGAUCCUGGGAUGUUCAUCUAGCUUAGUUACUCAACGUUGGAAACCCCUUAGCACUCAAGGGCUCCCUUCCAUUGCAAUCUCUUUCAAACCCUUCUCCUCUUUCUACCCAGUAUCUUUCUUGAAAUUACUUCCCACGAUGGAUUCUUGGCUCCUACCCAAAGAUUCGACUCCUAGGACUCAAUCAAGAUCAAUCCAUGCUUCGUCAGCUCAUUCUGACUCGAAUCCAGAUGGCACCUCGUCGUCUCCGCCAUCAUCAUCCCUUGCGGCCCAGUCAUCCGGAGUUCGUAAGAUCAAGUUCUGUCAGUGGUGUGGUGGUCCAACAAAGCACGAUAUACCUGAAGGAGAAGAGAGGUUGAGAGCAAUAUGUACAAUUUGUGGGAAAAUUAUCUAUCAGAAUCCAAAAAUGGUUGUUGGCUGCCUCAUACAACAUGAUAACAAGGUCCUGCUUUGCAAGCGGAAGAUUCAACCAUCUUAUGGCCUUUGGACGCUCCCUGCUGGGUAUCUGGAAAUUGGUGAGUCAGCUAUGGAAGGUGCUAUCAGGGAAACAAGGGAGGAAGCAAAUGCAGAAGUGGAAGUGCUAUCUCCUUUUGCUCAAUUGGACAUUCCUCUAAUUGGUCAAACUUAUAUAAUCUUCUUAGCAAAGCUAAAGAAGCCACACUUUUCCCCUGGUCCAGAAUCAUCAGAAUGCCAGCUUUUCUCACUUGAUGAUAUACCUUUUGAUUCUUUGUCUUUUUCAUCAAUGGUGGUUACCUUAAGUAUGUAUGUUGAGGAUAUUAAGGCUGGAAAGCUCAAAUUCCAUUAUGGCAUCAUUAACAAAAGGCCGGGCACAAGUCCCUCUGAUAUUCAUGCCUAUACGCUGGAUAAUCACAUGCAGUCAUGACAAGUUGAUAUAAGAUCCUCCGUUGUGAUGAAAAACCUUGUUGGUUGCAGUGCUGUGAAAAUAUGAAGAUUUGUGUACGGAAAUUGUAGCCAGAACAACCUUUCGCGAGGAUGCAGUCUGCCUGUCUGUGUUGAGCAGUAUCUUACGACAUCGACAUUCAACCCAUUAUUUUUAAAAUCAGCCGGCCGUCACAUGAAAAGUAGUAAAAUUCAUGGCUGAAAUUUCUCUGUUGUCCCAAGAGUGAUGGGCAGUUACCUCCUUUCGAAGCAUCGUCAGUUCGGCGGAGCUCACUGUGAUUCAAGGUCACCCACAAAUUUUUGCGGGGUACCGCAUUUGAUUGAUGAUUGCGGGGAGGUGGGGAAGGGGUUGCUUUCAUUGACCAAAGGUUGAGACCUGUUACUGUGGAAAUAUUUAUCAGAAUUGUGAACGUAAACAUCCACCAAGACAAAAGAAAUUGAUAUUGAACAACUAUCCCAACGUGAAGAAUAUAUCUCGAAGAAGCAGGGAACUGUACAGGGGAUACCAAAUCAUGAGAAUCAAGUGAAUGUCAAGCGAGCGUUUUCAUGAGAUAA